AUGAUAAUUUCAAAUUUAAAGAAUAUUUAUUUAACCUAUUUUUGUAAAUCGAUCAAUUAUUGCUCAAGUCUAAAAAAAAUAAUAAUGCUGCCAGACAUUAGGCUUAAAAAAUUCCUAAUCACUGAUCUUCCUACAGGUGGGAAAAACAGUCUAAGCUCCAAAAAAUCGCAAAAAACUCUAACUUCCCUCAAAUCAGCGAUAAAAAAUGCUAGCUAACCAAAAUGUUAUUUUUUAUUUUUUCGUGCUUAAAAAACCAAAUUUUUAAGUAUUUGACUAAUUUAAUUUAUAAAAUUUUGGCAAGCUCUCGAAAAUUUAAUAUAGUUUGCUCGAGAUUUAUUGUUAUAAUCAUUAAUUAUAUUUAUUGAAGUAUAGUUUAUAUAAUUAAAAAGAUAAAGAAAGAGGAGGUUUAUUUUUAAAAAUAGGGAUUUUCAAUAGCUUUGCUCGCUAACUAAUUGGAAGGGUAAAAGUUGCACGAAGAACUGCAUCCGAUAAUAUUCACAUUGAAGAUGACUUUGAACUUGAAGAAACAGGCGAUUAUAAGAGGUUUUUCACUUCUCCAUCAAAACUUGAUCAGGGAUUAAAAUUUGAUGAAAAAGGUACAAUUCUGCCAAGAAGUAUUGUGGGAUCUCCAAAGCUUUUUGAAAAUGAUAAAGGGUCCAAAUUCCUUGGAAGGGAUUCUUUACCUUCAUCUCAUAGAACACAAACCAGGAAAUUCACUAGCAUUAGGAGGACUAUGAUAAGCGAUGUUAACUACGAUUCCAAAUUCAAAGAAAAAAUCACCCAAAUCAGCGAGAAUAUUAACCUAGGCAAAAGAUCAAUGACUGAAAGAUAUCUUAAUUUAAGGCCAGACCAAAAAUACGUUAUUUUAAAAGAUACAAAGGCUUUAAAAACAUUUAAUAAGAUACAAGAAGACUGAGAUAAACUUGAAAGAAACUUAAGUAGAAAAGUCCAUAAAUCGCCCGAGGACUUGCUAUCAACACGAGCAUGAGAGUCAAGAUCAAAGUUUGAAGAGCUGGAUUAUAUUGAAAAAGGCAAAAACAAAUCUGAAGAAUAUAGACGAUACGACUGAAUUAUGUCCUUAAGGCACUGCCCAGGAGAAGUCUUGGACGCUUAUGUAAAUAUAGGCUCACCUCUUGGUGGACUUUAUGUUAGAGUCAAAGAAAGCCCAGACACUCCUUGUGAGCUGAUAAGAAAGCCUGGACUUACAAAAUCAAGUCUAAAAACUUAUAAAGAUAGCCCAUAUCUUUUGAAGACUUUGUCAUUAACGAAAUCCUUGAGAACUCCAAGCUGCCCUGCUAUGGAUGAACUUCAAGUACUUGGGUUAUCGAAAUUUCCACUAGAGCUUGAAGCUGCUCAAACUGCUGGGCUGGAGAAAGUCAAAUAUAAUUUAAGUUUAAGUUUAAAGAUAACUAUUCCUUUAACCCUACUCUUGAAUCGUCUUUGCUCGAAUUGAACUAACUCUGAGAGUAACGGUGGGAAAAUGAGUCAUCAUUAGACUCGAUAUCCAAUUUCUUAGCCCAUCAGGACUCAGACAGCCUUGACCAGACUCAGCCAAGAAAUCUUCAGUUUUUGCUCCAAAUCUCCAAAUCUCCAGGAAUCAAGGAUUCCCUUCACUAAGUCGAGCUGUAGGGGCCUGCCCUACAUUCAACUUCCCAUUUUUAAUUGCAAAUAUAAUUUAGCAAAAGAAUAUACAGAAAAUGAAAUAAUUACUGAAAACUAUGAAAGGCCUUAUUCUUUCCUUUCAAAGUUAAUUAAAUAG